GUAUUUUAUAAUACAGGGGUGGUCACAUAAUGAGAAGACAAAAAAUUCGUGACUAGCCCUGAUCGUGGUGGUAUGGGACACCUCCAUAGCAUUGCCAUAGUCUGAUGUACUUCCAAUCGAGAUAAUCUGUAACGGGGAUGGGAAAAAUAAUGACGGACCAGACCGGGAUUUGAACCUGGCCCUUCUGAAUCUCUAGUCAGAUGCUCUACAUACUGAGCUAUCUGGCACUGGUAUUCAAGCAGGUCUGACCAUCACAAAGAUGGGUUAGAACAUGAACUAGAAAUCUGUAACUAGUGGUAACGUGCAGUAUGGAUGUGUUUGACCUGAGUAGUCAAGAAGAGUUCUCUCCCUUGAAGCCUCUGACAAAACGAGCAAGACGGAUCCUUACUCCAGCAGAAGAUAAUGAAGUGUCCACAAACUCUGUAACCAGGGGUGAAAAGGAACCCUACCCUGCUCCAGCAGAAGAUAAAGUGUCCACAGACUCUGUAACCACUGAUGUAAAGGAACUCUCCCCUACACUGACAGGUGGCACCCUGAACAGUCAAUCCGUAGGUCCAUGUAACGCUAGCCAGCAGAGGGAGGACCUCAAUGAAUUGUGUCCUCGUAUACGUGAUACCACGGUCAGUUCCAAAGCUCAGAGUGAUCCUGACAAACAGAAGAAGCCAGUGUAUAUAUACAGCCCCGAGUUAAUUCAGCGGUGUGAUGCCAUGCCAAAAAUCAUUAAUAGGGCCAGCAAGGUUCACACUUUGAUUGAGGCUUAUGGACUGCUUAAUUCAAUGCAGGUAGUCCCUCCUCGCUCGGCCACUACGGAGGAAAUGCUGGGGUUCCACGCUGAAGAUUACGUACAGUUCUUGUCUCUGUUGGGCCGUCAAACUGACGAGGAAAAACUGGAAGAGGAGAGCGAGCAAUAUGGCUUAACCUACGACUGUCCUAUAAAUAGACAUGUUUACACCUAUGCGGCCCUGACCAGUGGUGCCUCGCUCCGUGCUGCCGAAUGUCUCAUGGAGGGGCGGAGUCAAGUAGCUGUCAAUUGGUGCGGGGGCUGGCACCAUGCCAAAAGGGACAUGGCUUCAGGAUUCUGUUACAUCAACGACAUAGUUCUAGCCAUUCUGAAGUUGAGAGAGAAAUACGACAGAGUGUUGUAUGUGGAUCUGGAUGUUCACCAUGGCGAUGGUGUAGAGGAGGCAUUCUGUGCGUCUACUAGAGUAAUGACUAUCUCUGUUCACAAGUAUUCCCCAGGAUUUUUUCCAGGUUCAGGGGGACUGGACAGUAUUGGCGUAGGUAAAGGACGGGGGUACACGGUCAACAUUCCACUGCUGGAGGGGGCAAGGGAUGAAGAGUUUGUCCCUUUAGUAUGCAGAGUCUUACAUAAGGCCCGCGAGGUGUUCUCGCCCCAGGCCCUGGUCUGUCAGUGCGGGGCAGACGGGCUAAGCGGUGACCCCAUGGAUUCCUUCAGCCUCACUCCCACAGCGUACAGCCGCUGUCUUCAGUUCAUGCUACAGUGGAGGCUGCCCACUCUUGUAUUAGGUGGAGGAGGCUACAACUCGCCCAACACAGCUAGAUGUUGGACUCGCCUAACCGCUAUCUUGUGUGGGCGUAAACUAUCGUCCGAAGUUCCAGACCACAAGUUUUUUAUGUCCUAUGGUCCAGACUUCGAGCUGAACAUUUCUCCUGGUAACAGAAAAAACAUGAACAGCAAAGAGGCACUGCGAAGGAUUCAUAAUACCAUUAUAGAGAACCUGGACAAACUGAAAUCAAGCUCCUCUCAGCAGCAGGAAAAACCCCAAUCAACAAACUGAAAUAAACUUGGACUGUUACCAGAACAGUUCAUAAAAAGUUCUGGAAUUGGAUAUGUCUAUCCAAUGUUAUAGUGCAACAGUACUAGUACAACAGUUCCAUGUGGCAUUUGGACAGACUUAUAAGUUGCCACAACAAAGUUUUUUAAUAACAGACACAGUCCUAUGAUGUUACCAUGAUGUGUCAUUAAUUUCAUAUCUGACAUUCUUAACUGGUGUUUGUCAAAUCUAACAUAGAUUUCAAGGUAUUUCCACAGUGUGUUCAAUCUUGUUUAUUGAUCCAUGUAUUGAUGUUAUAUUAUUAUUUAUAUGUUUAUUUGAGAAAUGUUUUAUUUAAAAAAAUAA